GUUCACAUUUCGAAGCUACAGCGAGCAGUAUAGAGCCCCAUCGAUCAUUUCCCCUGGGCUUGAUUUGGCUCAGUACGGCUCGACCGACUUUUCACUGGGGUUGAACGUUGAUCGAUCUGACCUUCCGAACCAUAUUCUGAAGACUGGUCAGGUCAACGAUUACCUGAGCAUUGUCCAUUCCGAGGGUCACUCAGAUAAAAGGAUUUUACGAUAUAAACCACCGCUCAUCCUUAUUCAAAUAAUAUAACACAAAAAACGCGUGAAACAGUAAAAAGUACUCCAAACGAGACGUCCACCCUGCUCGCGCUUAGUCUUCGACCGGGAUGCUUUGGGAAUGGUCAACGUCUUCGUCGGCGUGGUUAUGCCUCUCGUAUUAGGUAUGAGCGUUCACAUUGUCGGGGCUGCUGUCGUGGGAACGGGCGCCGCUCACGGCGGCGCUGCUUGCUGGAGCACCGACGUCACGCCCGUGCACUUCUCCGGAAGCCCCGGGUGCGUUGGGUGCGUUGGGUGCGCUAACCUGCGGAAGUGCAUGUGCAGACAUCACGAAGGCGAGCGCAACGAUGGCAACAGCGUUGACGUUGAAGAGCAUAGUGAUGGUAUCGAGUUUGGCUAGAGAGCGUGAAAGGCGGUAGAGAUAAUGGGAGUAGAGGGAAGAGUUGGGCGAUGUGGGUUGUCGAAUCGUCGCGUCC